AUGAAGAGGCUUGCUUCUGGAGCCUCCUGGCUCUGCAUCAUUGUUCCUUUUUGCCAAUGUCUCGUCGACUACCAGCUCAGUGCCGCCGUCAAUCCUGGAACCUUUGCCACCCCUACCGCCAAUGUUCGGCCGAGGUUUCGGUAUUGGCUGCCGGAUGCCAGUGUCGAUGUCGACACUGUGGUAGCUGACAUUGCGGCUAGCGGUUCGCUUGGUGCGGGAGGCAUCGAACUGCUUCCGUUCUUCGAAUAUGGAGGACAAAUUGGAUCUCAACCUGCCGGUGCGGAUUGGUCUACGUACAAUUUUGGUACGGUCCCCUAUCGAAAUCUCUUUGCCGCAGCUCUCAGCGCCCACGAAAAACAUGGUCUCGUGAUGGAUUUUGCACUGGGUCCGAAUCAAGGACAAGGCGUUCCUGCAAAUCAAAACAAUACUGGUUUGCAAUGGGAUCUGGUGCCCUUCACAGCCGAAGUACCAGACAAUGGGUCCUUCGUAGGUCUUAUCCCAGGUUGGGGAACUGGCGAGCUGGUGUCUUUUGCUACAGCUCGUGUUACUUCAAACAAAACAAUCACGUUCGAGGCGACUGGCUUGCUUGGAAUCGAAAACGUGACGUAUGACCAAUAUGUUCUAUCGUCGGGCAGUUUAUUGGACCAAACGGCUCAGGUAUCUGCCAACGGUACCGUCCAGAUCUCCUUGCAAGGAAAAGAGGACGGACAACAUUAUCGGAUUUUCAGCUUCUAUCAGAAACUAUCUGGAAACAAGAAUCUACAAUUUAACAAUACGUCUAACGGAUCCAUCUUUGACGAAGGUUCCUAUGUCGUGGAUCAUUUUGAUGCAAAGGGUGCAGAUACAAUCAUUCAAUUUUGGGAAGAGCACAUACUGGUUGAUGGCAUUCGGGAGCAGCUACAGAAUAGUGGGCACUAUGCAUGGGAAGAUAGUCUCGAAAUUCUGUCAAAUGUUUCGUGGUCGCGCUCCUUGCCAUCGAGGUUUCAAGAAUUGUUUGGUUAUGACAUCAAACCUUUCCUGCCCCUUCUAGCAUUUCGAGACAACAAUAUUGGACUCCAGCCCACGGAGCCAGGAUCUUUUGAAUGCAUCUUGGAUACCGAUGACCAAGGCGUGGGAUACAUCAAUGACUUUCGCGCAACGCUGGCGGCGGGUUACCAGGAGUACAUCUCUACACUGACGGACUGGACUCAUAGACUUGGUGUCUCGCUAUCCCUCCAGCCGGCGUAUGGCCUCCCAAUGGAUAUGCAGACAGUCAUCCCAGACGUCGAUGCGCCAGAGUGUGAAAGUUUGUCGUUCCUCGAUUCGAUUGAUCUAUACCGCAAGUUUGCCGGCCCUGCCAACCUUGCCGGGAGACAAGUCAUUUCCAACGAACUAGGCGCCGUGAAAAGUUCCGCAUUCCGAUACCAUCUCCCUGAACUUUUGUUUUCGGCCAACCGUGGUUUUGCAGCUGGGGUGAAUCAAUAUGUAAUCCAUGGACAGGCAUUUUCCGGCAAUUACUACCAAACGACCUGGCCGGGACAUGUAGCUUUCGAUUAUCACUUUUCCGAGCCGUGGUCACCGCGCGAGCCUGUCUGGGAGCACGGCUUUGAGGAGACUCUGAACUACAUGGCAAGAGUGCAGCACGUGCAACAGUCGGGUGUUCCUAAGAUUGAUGUGGCAAUAUACAACAAGGAGUCGGCAACAAGCUUGCAGACCGUAUAUGAGUUGCCUGAACUGAUUGAAAGAGGGUGGAAUUACAAUUACUUAUCACCGGAGAACUUGGAACUGCCUCAAGCCGUAGUAGAAAAUGGUGUCCUGGCUCCAGAGGGCCCUGCGUGGAAGGCUCUUGUUGUUCAGAGCGGGUCUAAUCUCACUCUAAGUGCCAUCGCGACACUACAAAGCUUCGCUGAAUCUGGUCUGCCCAUAUUAUUUGUUGGAGCACCACCGAAGCUCUAUCCAACAGCGAGUAAAGCAUCGAAUGUUACUGUUUUCGAAGAACAUCUUGCUGUCCUCGAGGCCACCGAAGGGGUCUAUACAAUCAAUGAGGACCAGCUCGCCGACCAACUAUCCACACUCGGCUUGUGUCCUAAGGUUUCCACCAACACCAAUGGUACCUGGUACACGACAUGGCGAGAAACAACAGAGGGUGGAUAUGCGCUUAUAUAUGCCGACUUGAUCGCGAGCUCCGGCAACGUUACCGUCGCGGACACUCGGACACCCUACUACCUCAAUCCUUGGACAGGGACCCAGUCCCCGGUUCUUGUGUAUGAACAGGACUUGACUUCUACCACGAUUCCCCUUGAGCUGGCUGGGAAUCAGACGGCAAUAAUCCUUUUUACUGACUCGAACAAUACCUGUAGUGUACCCGCCUACCACGUUACCUCUGCACCAGCCGGCGUCAUUGGCGCUGACUUCACUCUGAGUGGCGGCCUCGGCGUGCAUGUGACAACCACCGUCAAUGAUGGAGAAGCAGUCCUAUCAAACAAUGCUGUUUGUUCUAUAGAUGGCUCGGGCGUUCCAGCAGCGUUUGAGUUGACGGAGUGGGAGCUUAUCGCGGAACAUUGGGAGGCCCCUUCAAACAUUUCCAACGUGGAGCAACCCAUGACAAAAUUCAAUACGACACACUCCUUGUCAGUGCUCACUUCGUGGCUAGACAUUCCAGCACUAGUAAAUACUUCUGGGAUUGGAUAUUAUACCUCGACUUUCAUGUGGCCAACCGACACGACCAACACCACUGCCAGUACACUGGGAGCCUACAUCUCAUUUGACAACGUGCUGCACUCAUUGCGCGUGCAAGUCAAUGGCAACCAGAUACCUCCCCUGGACAUCACUCAUGCAAGAGCAGACAUUUCCGCAUACCUUCAGCCUGGGAAUAAUACCGUGACAGCAGUGGUACCGACGACUUGGUGGAACUAUCUGAAAACGAUCCUUGACACACUGGAGAGCUCGGGACUGCUUCCCUUGCCACUUGUCCUCGAGGCAGUAGCUGGACAGCCUCUUCCAGGCGCGAGCGACGAGGGCCUGAUGCCGGGGGUUCAUAUCACCCCGUUCAAACGAGUGGUUUGCUGA